AGCUAGGCAAGACAGUCGAGAGUCGACACCAUGGCCAUGGCGACGCAGGGGCAGGCCGACCACCAGCAGCAGCAGCACGGGCGGUCUGAGCCCACCACCAGCGUCGCCGCCAACCGCUGGGGGCCCUACUCCGGCGCCGGCGACUUCGCCAGCAACAUGGCCGUCAUCCUGGCCGCCCUGCUGGCCGCGCUCGCGCUCGGCCUGGCGCUCAACGCCGCCGUGCGCUACCUGCUCCGCCGCCGCCGCCGCCGCCGCCGCGCCGGCUCUGGUGGUGGCCAGGGCAACGGCAGCGGCGUGCUGCCGUCGGACGAGCCGGCUGAGAAGCCCUCCGUGGAGGUGGAGCUGCAGGCGCCGGCGCGCCGCCGCCCGCCCUGCUGGUGUACUCCGCCGCCGGGACGAAGCUGGCGGGCGCCGCGGCGGAGUGCGCCAUCUGCCUCGCCGAGUUCGCGGACGGGGACGCCGUGCGCGUCAUGCCGGCCUGCGGCCACGGCUUCCACGCGCGCUGCAUCGAGCGCUGGCUCGCGGAGGGCCGCCGCUCCUCCUGCCCGACCUGCCGCGCGCCGGCCGUGCAGCGCAGCCUGCACGCAAGUGAAUUACUCUAAAUAAAUAAUUGCCGUUUUAGUGUUGCUAUUUACCAUUGCUUGUACUGCCUCUGUAAAUCAAGAAGAAGAAAUAAAAUUAUAACUCUUAGGUUUGGGCUC